UGGAAACCUUCCAUAUGAGUUUAUUGGUGCAUGUUUGUUUUGAGACUCUUUAUCCUGGGUGAACCCACAAUCCUUUGACCUGACACGGGUCCAGUGGGCCUGAGCCCCCAGCUCUGCUCGUGUAAAGUGGGAAUGUGCGUCUCUGUCUCUUCUCCCUGCACCGUCUGAAUCCUGGCUAAGAUAAAAGCCCUCCUCCAACACAGAUCCAGUCAGAGUCCAGUCCGCUCCCUUCAGUCUCCUCCCCCUCCCUCCUGUUCUCCUCAACGGUCCUCCUCUCCGGUGGUCCCUGAGCUUCGGAGUCAGCAUCAGUCACUCUCCCACCUACAGCACAGGACUGCGCUCCAGCCGACAGAGGAACAUGUUGCUGCACAAACUGUUUGUCCGGAUCCUGUCAGUCCUCUGUGGCGCUGAUGUGUGUUUGGGAUUCGUCUACGACCGGCCCAAACGCUCAGGAGAGGACGGGACUUUAGCCAGGACAGAGUCUCGCUCUGCGUCUCAGUACGUCCCGACCUCCGGCUCCUGCAGGAACAGGUGUUUUGAGCUGGUUGAGUUGGAGCCACCAAACUGUCGCUGUGACAACCUGUGUAAGACCUACAACAGCUGCUGCUCUGACUUUGACCAGCUCUGCCUCAGGACAGAGGGGGGCUAUGAGUGCAGUAAGGAUCGGUGUGGGGAGGCUCGAAAUGAACAGCACGCCUGCCACUGCUCUGAUGACUGUCUGGCCCGAGGAGACUGUUGUACCAACUACAAGACACUGUGUAAAGGAGACAGCUCAUGGCUGCAGGAUGCAUGUGAGGAGAUCAAGACUCCUGAAUGUCCAGCUGGGUUUGUGCGUCCACCACUCAUCAUGCUGUCAGUGGAUGGAUUUAGAGCUUCCUACGUGAAGAGAGGGAACACUGUCAUACCUAACAUCGACAAGCUCAGAACGUGUGGUACCCAUGCUCCGUACAUGAGGCCUGUUUAUCCCUCCAAAACCUUUCCCAACCUCUACUCACUGGCUACGGGUCUCUAUCCAGAGUCUCACGGUAUCGUUGGCAACUCCAUGUAUGACCCGGUUUUUGAUGCCACCUUUACCCUGAGAAGCCGAGAGAAACUCAAUCAUCGCUGGUGGGGAGGACAGCCGAUCUGGAUCACGGCACUCAAACAGGGAGUGAAGGCUGCCACCUUCUUCUGGCCCAUUGCCAUCCCAUUAGAGAGGAGGAUACUAACCAUGCUGCAGUGGCUCCACCUCCCUGAAGGAGAGAGGCCCUAUGUUUACGCCAUGCACUCUGAACAACCAGACACAUAUGGACACAAAAUGGGGCCCAUGAGCACAGAAUUAAACAACCCUCUUAGGGUUAUUGAUAGAAUCGUUGGUCAGCUGAUGGACGGACUUAAGCAGAUGAAACUGCACCGCUGUGUCAACAUCAUCCUAGUGGGGGAUCAUGGUAUGGAGGAGGCGCACUGUGAUCGCACUGAGUUCCUCAGUAGCUACAUGACCAGUGUUGAUGACAUCAUCCUCAUCCCUGGGUCCCUCGGCAGAAUACGCUCCAGAUACCCCAACAACCCUAAAUAUGACCCCAGGGCUGUUGUUGCAAAUCUAACAUGUAAGAAAGCAGACCAGCACUUUAAGCCGUACUUGAAGCAGCACCUGCCUAAGAGACUGCACUAUGCUAACAAUCGACGCAUUGAAGAGAUUCAUCUGCUGGUGGAGAGGAAGUGGCACGUUGCCAGGAAGGUUCCUGAAGGGAAAAGGCACUGUGGCUUCUCUGGUGACCAUGGAUAUGAUAAUAAGAUCAACAGCAUGCAGACUAUUUUCUUGGGAUAUGGACCUACGUUUAAAUUCAAGACUAAAGUUCCUGCCUUUGAGAACAUUGAGCUUUAUAAUGUCAUGUGUGAUCUUCUGGGUCUGAAACCAGCCCCCAACAAUGGAACCCACGGCAGUCUGAACCACCUGCUGAGAAGUCCCGUCUAUAGACCCACCAUGCCAGAGGAGGUUUCCAGGCCAACAGCUUCAGGUCAUGUCCCUGCAGGAACAGACGACCUGGGCUGCAGCUGUGAUGAUAAGAACAAAGUGGAGGAGCUAAACCAGCGACUGAGGCAAGCUAUUGAUGACAGCAGGAACCUGCCAUACGGUCGACCUGCUGUACUCUUCCGUACCAAAUACUCCAUCCUCCACCACAGUGACUACAUCAGUGGCUAUAGUGAGGCUCUCUCUAUGCCCCUCUGGACGUCGUACACCGUCAGCAGACAGGUAGAAGUGUCUCCUCUGCCUGAAGCUCUGUCCAACUGUGUGAGACCUGAUACCAGAGUCCCUCCAGCCUACAGCCAGUCUUGCAGCAACUACAGAGCAGACAAACAGAUCACCUAUGCUUUUCUGUACCCACCACAAUUAUCCUCAACUAUAGACAAAAAAUAUGAUGCCGUCCUUAUCACCAACACUGUCCCCAUGUAUCCUGCAUUCAAGAGGAUAUGGGGCUUCUUCCAGAGAGCACUGUUGAAGAAAUACGCCACUGAGAGAAAUGGAGUGAAUGUACUCAUUGGACCCAUAUUUGACUACAACUAUGAUGGGGUUAGGGACUCAGCAGAGAAGAUUAAAGAGUAUGUUAGUGGGACAAUACCCAUCCCCACACACUACUUUGUGGUCCUGACCAGCUGUUUAGACUUCACACAGGCUGCAGACUCGUGUAGCGGCCCCCUCAACAGUGCUGCAUUCAUCCUGCCACACAGACCCAGCAAUGAUGAAACCUGCAAUAGCUCAGAGGAGGAGUCUCGCUGGGUGGAGGACCUGAUGAAGAUGCAUACAGCUCGGGUCAGAGAUGUGGAGAUCUUGACAGGGCUGGACCUGUACCGCAGAACCACAAGGAGCUACGCUGAAAUCCUCUCACUCAAAACCUACAUGCACACUUAUGAGAGCGAGAUCUGAUCUCCGUUGGUUCUGUUAACAUUAAUGUUGCUGAUCUUUUUCAACCGUGGUGGAUGUAUGUGGUACAAGGAAGAGAUGUGAUCAUCUCUAUUACACUGACCUACACUAGCUUUAUCUCUCACUGGGUGCUGUGGCUGCCAUCUGCAGCGUUGUGGCCUUUUUGGUUUAAUCUCACUCAUUUCAUCCAUCUGUUAAAAUACAGCUUUUACACUACUGAGCUACUUUCUGAGGUACAUUCCACUUAAGUUUAUUCUGUUGAGCAGUAGGAAAGCAAACAGUUCCUCUGCUCUGUGUGACUGCUUCAUGUUUGGCAUCAAGUUCAAUUAAAUUACAAGUUCAAUGAAAUGACAUCAAACUGAAAGGACAGGAAAGUCUGCACCUACAUAUUAUUCUAGAUAUCAUUCUAAAACACAGUGCUUACUUUAUCUCAUUUUAAUAUGCAGUUUCAAGCAAAAUAAAAAGGUUUUAUGAAGGGCUCAGAUUAAAUCUGUUCUAGUAAAUUUGAUCCAUACUGUGUCAAUGUCAGAGGCCAUUAAGAGGCCAUGCUACUCUGCCCUGUAAAAUCUCUGCUUCCUGCUGUCCUCACAAUUUAGCAGAUUUAUCACCAGCAGUAUGGCCAGAUCAACUUGUUAGGGGACCCAUGGGCAAAAUACUGUAACUUGUGAAAUACUUGCUGAAAGUCACUUGGUGACUUUAGGCCUGUACUCUGUUAGCAUUCAGACAGCACAGACAGCAGACACAUCUGCAGGCUUAACUGGAAUAUGAUCUUGACAGGCAGUUUGUUAAGUUAAAUGUAGGUGUAUAUAUGAAAAAAACAUAUUAGCACAAUAUAAAUGAACUGAAUGACUCUGGAGAAACAAGACAAGAUCGUUAUGUGUUUUUGUGAUACACAUUCCCAAACAAAUUUGCAAUUAAUCAAAUUACCAAAAACUAACUGACACACAGUGAACCUUGGGCCUUUAAGACCCUCCUGGGCAAAGGGCCAGCAGGGCAGUUGCCCUGUCUACACAUUCUACAGCAUUUUUCAUAACUUCCAUAGUCAUUUACACAUACUGCAGAUGUUCCCAUGAUAAUAUUUUCUUUGAAGAAAAUGUAGAGUACAUAAUUUUUUUUUCUACAUACAUAAUUCAUAUAUAUGAAAAAUAUCCCAUAUUUUUGAGAUGUAAAACAAUAUUUAAUUGCACUACGAAUGACCACCAGAAUAUUUUUUUGUCAUUUCACUAAGUACUUGCAGACAAAACAAAUCACAGUAUUAAGGCAAGACUUUUAAACUAGUGCAAUGAGCACAUAAUUUCUUAUAUGAUAUUGACCCACUCUGUUUAAUAUUAAGUUUACUCAUUAUGUUAUGUCUGCAUUGAACAGUUUCUCAUUAUGUUCAGUGAUUAAGAAGAAAUUGCCUUUGUGUUUUGGAAUGGAAUAAUAAUGCAAUGUGUUUGUAUGUGUAUGUUGAGCUCAGUUUGACUGUGUGUGUGUGUGUGUGUGUGUGUGUGUGUUGUGUGAUAUUGACUUUUUGUUCUGUGCACAAUAAUAAUUAUGUCAAUGAUGAUGAUGUAUUACCAUGUUUUCCCUAGAACAUUUACCACCUGUGUCCUAUUUGUGCUUUAUGUAAAUUUCAUCACAAUAAACAAGUUUUUACUAAA